AUGGAAUAUUACAAUCCUUUGUUAGAUACUCAUUUAAGAGGAUACUUAGAAAAACCAUGUAUGCGACGACAUCUAAAAUUUUUAGGUUUGGAUGAUGGUGAAGAAGUGCCUUCUAAGAAUGCUGUAUAUGCUAGGCAUCAACAUAUGAUGUCAUUAUUAAAUAGAAAUAAAGAAAGACAUCUAGCACAAUUAAGUGAUUUAAGUAGAAAACUUGAAGCUGUUGAAAAAGUUGAAACAUAUAGAAGAAUUAAAAAAAAUGGUUUAUUAAAAAAUCCUCACAUUAGAACAUUGAAAAGACCAAUGACAUCUCAUGAUCGAGCUGUCAUAGAACGUAUUGAAUCAAAUUAUAGAAAUAGUGAUGAAAUGAAAAAAAGACAUAAAAAUGUUUAUGAAAAAUUAUUUUCACAGAGUGAUAAAUAUAAUUAUCUUCAUAAAUUGGAUGAUUUAACAUUGACAGAAUACAAAGAAUCAUUAAAAAAUCAAGUUGCAAAAAUGGAAAAAAUUCGUGAUUUAACACCUUGGAAUACAAGUUCAGCAAUUAAACGAUUCAACUCAUCAGAGACAAGUUGGUUUUUUAAACCAAAAAGUUUACCAAAUUUAGCUCAUAGUUUUACUAGAAGUGAAGGACAAUUUCCUGUUAAAAGUUUAAAUAAAGAAAAUAAAAAAAUAAAUCGAAAUCAAAAUGAAAAUAAUACUGUAUUUGGUAAUAAACGUCUUCAAAAUGUAGUAGAAGGAAGUCGAUUACCUCCAUUAGCAAGAUUACCUAGAAAACAAAAGCCAAAUUACAUGGCACAAAAAUUGGCACCAAUGAGUAAUAAAUUUCCCUCAUUAAUAGUUUCAUCAGAUGAAAAUAAUAAAAAAGAGCCUGAUAUUUUAAUUAUAGAUGAUAAUGAUAAAGACAAUAAAAAAGACAAUGAAGAGGAUAGUGAAUUAGAUGAUAAAAAUACGGAGAUAAAAGUAGUAGAAAAACGAAGUGUUAGUGAGGAAGAACAACCAAUUGAAAAUACAAUAAAAAAUAAUGAUGAAGACAUAAUAGGCAAUGAGAGUGUGGUGGAUAAUUUAAGUAAUGAAGAAAAAAUUGAUGAUAACAAUACAAUUGAAGAAAAUAUAAAUCAAGAUAAAGAUAACAAUACAAAUGAUAUAACAUUGGAAGAAAAAAAAAUUGAUAAUGAAGAAGAAUUUGAAAGUGAUGAAAAAGUUAUAAAAAAUGAGCUAGAAGAUAAUUCUUAUGAAAAUAAUCUAAAUGAAGAAAAUAAUAGUAAAAGAAAUUCUAUUGAAACUAAUACCUCAGAUAAUUCGAAUAUUGCUAAACAAGAUAAUAUGGAUAUUUAUGAAAAUAAUGAAAAAGAGCAUUAUGAAAGUGAAUUUUCUGAUGAAAAUUCUGAAGAAGAUUAUAAUAAUGAGGAUGAGGAGGAAGAUGAAGAGGAUGAAGAUGAAGAAAAGGACACAAAUAAUGAAGAACAUUAUGAUAAUACAAAUACUGAGGUGGAUAACAUCUUAUUUGAUAAUACUAAUGAUGAAAAAAAUUCAAACAUACUCAAUCUUGAGGAAGACAAAAUGCAUGAAAAUGAUAAACAAAACAACAUUCAAAGUGAUGAAGAUAGUGAAGUUGAGUUUCAUAAUUCUUUUGUAAUUAAAAAAGAUGACAAUACGGAAAAUAAAAAUUAUGAAAGUGAAGAAGAUUUAAUUGAUUUAAAUUCACCUCAUGAUAUUACAAAUGAAAACGAAGAAAAGUUAGAUCAAGAUUUUAAAAAUAUAGAAAAUGAGAUUAAUAGUUCUGAAGGUAAAAAAAACGAUAUAAUGGAUUUGUCAUCAGAAAACGAAAAUAAUAAUAAACAUGAAUUUGAUGGAAAUGUUUUAAUCUCCGAAACACAAAGUAAUCAAACAGAUGAUGAAGAAAGUUUACCAGCUGAAAAUAAUAGUUUACAAAGGGCAGAUACUUUACACGAUAAUAUUUCUGUGGAUGAUGAAUAUAAUAAUUUAGAAAACCAUUCUCAAAAUAUAAAUUAUGUUGAUAAACAAUUAGAUGAGGAUAAUGUAAUAGAUGAGACAAAAAUUAAUGGAACACAAAAAAUGACAGAUGAUUCAAUUAAUCAUGAUUAUGAGGAAAAUUCAUCUGAUGUUGAGGAUGAAAAAUCAGAAGAUGAAAGUAUACAUACAUCCGGAUCAACAGAAUUAGAAAAUAGUAAUGAUACAGAUGAAGAAAAUUCACAUGAAAUUUCGUCAACUGACAAUAAAUCUGAAAAAACAUCUCCUGAGAUGACAAAUAAUUUAAAACAAAAUUCUCAAAAUUUUCAACAAACAAAUAAAGAUGAAAAUAAUAUUUUUAUUUCUCCAUCCAUUAAAAUUCAAUCACCGUCAGAAGCCGGUGAUGUUUCUGACCAAUAA